AUGUUUGUAAAUUCGAAUGAUAAAUUUACUAUUAAUCAUCAUGAACAACUACUUUUUCAAAAGAAAAUUUCCGAACAACUUAUUCAAAUUUUAAAUCAUUACAAACAAGAAGAUCCGAUUGGUUUACCAAAUGCUCCAGUACCGGAUCCAAUGGCCAUACCAGACAUGAAACAUUCAUUUUCCGUUGCAACAAUGAAUUUUAAAAAUUCAAGCGUUCACGGUUUAUCCAUAUUCAGAAUAGAAAAAAUCGAAUCCAAUGUCGCCGACAUGGAGGUUUUGGUAGCAAUGUCAAUCGAACAGCUUCUUAUAAAAGGACAAUACACCAUGUCCACGUGGUUUAGUAGACAACAGGGUGAUUUUAAUGUUACACUAUCGGGGGUGUUAAUAAAAGGACUUGCAAGUAUGGAAGUAAAUCAAAAUGGACAGUUGGAAGCACAGAAUAUAAAUAUGGAUAUUACUUUUCAAAACAUUGCAAUGAAUUUUCAAAAUUUGGGAUUUAUGGGAAGUAUAUUUCAGGGUAUAAUUAAUUCUGUGGGAACGUUUUUAUUUGACAGCAUCAAACCUUUGAUUCUAAGCCAGGUAAAUGAUAAUGUAAGAGGAGAUGUAAACAAACACAUAAUGGAACUACCGCAAAGAUUUCCUAAUUCGAUAUCACCGUUGGAUAUGUUCAUAUCAGAAAUGAGAAAAUUUGCAAGAAUAAAAAAAUUCGAUCCGUACAAAAUUGAUAACUAUAAUAAUUCUGCUGGAAUAUUCACCGUGGAAUUAACUAAUACUUGGGUUACGGGUUUAGCAAGUUUUUACAGGGUGGGAAAUGUUACUCUCACAAUGAAAGAAAAAGUUUUAUAUGCUGGAUUACACGUUGGUACCAAUCAAUUAUUUGGAAGUUGCCAAUGGGAAAUCGGUGUCGCAGGUUUAAUGUCAAGAGCUGGAACGGUUUCUUUUACGACGGAAUACAUUCAAGUAAACGUGACGGUAGCUCAGCCAUUGGAUGUAAGAAAAAAGCCUAAAAUUGAAGAUUUUAAUUUAAAACUCGGAAACAUUCAAAUGCGUGUCAACGGUGCUGGAACAACUGAUUAUGUUUUAGAAUUUCUCGUUAAUAUUCUUCCGAAUAUAUUAAGAUAUCAAAUAGUUGAUGCCAUCGAAAAUCCCAUUAAACAACACUUUCAAAAUUAUAUUGAUCUUAUUAAUAUUGAACAAAUGAUUGACGAAAAAUUACCGACAUUUUAUGAAUUAUUGGCUUUGAACGACACCGUUAAUCCCGAAGUUAACGAUAUUGAAUUUUAA